CCCAAAUGACUGAACCCAGAUCACUUCCCUCUCACUUCACUCUCUGCGUUCACUCUCUUCUCGUUCGCGUCUUUCUUCUUUCUCCUCACUUGACUCUCUCAUUUCUCAUUUCACUCUCUUCUCGUUCACUCUCUGCGUUCACUUCACUUCACUCACCUUUCACUUCACUUCACUCACCUCUCAGAACGUUCCCUCACCUCUCCGUUCGCUCACCUCUCCGUUCGCUCACCUCUCCGUUCGCUCUCCGUUUCUCCUUUCUCCUUUUCUCCUCUUCGUUUCCCCUCUUUCAUUUCACCUCUUUCUCCUUUCUCCUUCCUUCGCCUCCAUUUGCACCUUCAUUUGCGCCUCAGUCCACGAUUGCCGCCGUUCGCAUUUGCUCGAUUGGGUUAUUUGGUUCGAUUGCUCGCAUUUGCGCCUCAGUCCACUCCUUUUCUGUUUCUGGGAUGAAGACAUGCAACAAGGAAGAUACCUAACGUAAAAUUGAGAGUUAUUCAAUAGUCAACUUCAAAAUACCACAUGAAGAUGUGAUCAAAGAAUGUGUUUUCAGUAUGAAGUAGUAGCCAAAUUAUAGGAGCUAUUUUUCAAAAACAACAGCUGUUUUAUUUUGUCAAAGACACAGGUACGAAUCUUUCUAGAUAGUCAUCAUUAAUUUCCAAUAAAUAAGGUUGCGGUUGCUGUAUUGUUUAAUCAUGGGUUCUUCAAUAUUUAAAAAUCUAUAUGUACACCACAACCCAUAACAAAAUUUCCAAUAGAAAUGUUGUGUUUGCUCGUGUUUAAUUUCCUUUUCCAGUAACCUGAUAGAGCUGAAGGUUUUUGAUGAAAGUAUUUGAAAGGAGACCCAGUCAUGUGGAUAGUAACAGUUAUUUAAAUUUUCUUGAUAUAGUUAGAUUUUUACAAUAAAAGAUCUAUGAAUGGAGUCAGUGAUAUGCAUGUUUUGUUGAAACACACUACAUUAAUAUUCAGAAUCACAACAUCGCACAUCCAACAAUGUUAUUGGUUCAGAAAACAAUAUUUAAGUUUUUACCUAAUUUUAGAUACCAGUUUCUUCACUUAU